CCUAGAGCAGUGUUAAGGAGUAAAGGAGUGUGUGUGUUCCCUCACUCAAUCUUCCUCCUCCCUUCAUCUUUUCCAAAUGUCGUGAAACAAAUAAAUAAGCAAAAAAGAAAUGUAAAUGAAUGAUGGAUUUUUCUGGGUUCAUCAAUCUCCUCUUAAUUUAACUUCCUCCUAAUCAUUCUAUCUGUUUUCUUCUUAUUGUACUACUACUGCUACUCAUAUAUCAAAAAAGAAAAAAAAAAUCUUAAUUCCCCACCCAAAAUGGGUUCCCAGCCGAACAGAUUCCCCCAGCAAGAACGGAAAUAGUGAAAAUCAAUUGGAAGGAGGAGGAGAAAAAAACUCUGAGCUGGGCCAUUUGAUUGAGACCUGCCUACACUCUUGAUGAAAUGCUGGAUUCCUUGCAGAAGAGAUGGGGAGGAUGUUGGGGGGCAUUUUCCUGUUUAGGUACAAAGAAAGGUGGAAAACGGAUUGUACCUGCAUCUCGUAUGCCUGAGGGCAAUGCAUCAGCUGCCCAGCCGAAUGGUUCUCAGGCUGUUGCUGGGUUGACCAAUCAAUCUACUUCAUUAGCUCCAUCGCUUCUAGCACCGCCUUCUUCCCCAGCGUCAUUUUCCAAUUCUGCCAUCCCUUCAACUGCUCAAUCACCUAGUUGCUUCUUGUCAUUAUCAGCUAACUCACCUGGAAGGCCGUCGUCCACAAUGUUUGCCACUGGACCAUAUGCCCAUGAGACACAACUAGUUUCUCCUCCUGUUUUCUCAACCUUCACAACCGAGCCUUCCACUGCUCCUCUCACUCCUCCUCCCGAGUUGGCCCACCUGACUACCCCCUCUUCACCUGAUGUCCCUUUUGCACGGUUCUUGACCACCUCUGCAGAUCUUGAAAAUGCCAAUAAGAAUAAUUAUAUUGCUGCAAACGAUCUUCAAUCUACAUAUUCACUUUACCCAGGCAGUCCUGCUAGUAGUCUCAGAUCGCCAAUCUCUAGGACUUCAGCCGACUGUUUGUCAUCCUCAUUUCCAGAACGGGAUUUUCCUCCACAAUGGGAUCCUUCAAUUUCUCCUCAGAAUGGCAAAUGUUCCAGGAGUGGUUCUGGCAGGCUAUUUGAGCAUGAUGCAAUCGGUUCCUCCAUAGGGUCUCAAGAUACUAACUUCUUUUGUCCCGAUACAUUUGCACGAUUCUAUCUGGAUCAGAAUCCACUUCCUCAUGCUGUUGGGAGAUUAAGUGUUUCGAAGGAUUCUGAUGUUUACCCUACCAGUAGCAGUGGGCAUCAAAAUAAGCAGAGUAAAAGUCCUAAGCAAGAUGUAGAAGAACUUGAAGCUUAUAGGGCUUCCUUUGGAUUCAGUGCAGAUGAAAUAAUCACUACUACUCAAUAUGUAGAGAUUAAUGAUGUUACAGAUGAUUCGUUUACAAUGACACCUUUUCCUAUAGAUAAACCUGCCGAGGAUACGGAACUUGCAUUGGCUGCCAAAGGACCGAAGGCAGAGAGGUUACAGGAAAACUCUCUGCGUGAUAUGAAACGAAAAUCAAAACCUGAUGUUGUCCAUUGGGCUGGACAGCAUGAUGUGCAAGUGCCAUGCAAUGGAUAUGAAGAUCACAAAUCAAGGAGGCAGGUGGCUGAUGUCUCUGGGUCAGGUAUGCCUAUCGACCAUCCCUUGACCGAUGAAGAGGAUGUACUUUUGAAGAAGGGUUCGUCAAGGAGCAGGAAAUAUCAAACGGGCUUGUCAUGCUCUGAUGCGGAGAUUGACUAUAGGAGAGGAAGAAGCUUAAGAGAACGUAAAGGAUAUUUUGAGUUCCAUGACUAAGAACCAACUCGAGAAACAAGUAAGUUAAUCCAGCUGCUUCCAGAUGUAGUAAAACUGCAGUUUUCCUUAGGUUUAACUUGCGUUAAUGGUUCUUUCUUUCUUUCUUUCUUUGGGUCAGGUGUGUGACCUGAUGUCUCUGAUUAUGAGCGUAUUCUGUUAUAUUUGACCCUAGCUUCACUAUGACCUACAUGUUUUGUGAUGCAUGUAAUUAUAUCUAUAUUAUACUUUUGUGAAAUGCAAUUUACAGCUCAGUUUACAUGUUCAAUGGUGGAUUGUAUUUGUGUGUGGAGUGGAUCAUAUCUGUAUAUUAAUGCUUGGU